GUUUAUGUUUUUAAACCGCCUUCAUUACACCGACUUAACGUAGAUAUAAAACACUCUGAUCAACACUAGAAAUCCUUGCUCACAUCAAAUUUCUACUCACAAACACCGACCGACCCAUCAGUUUCCAAUUUUCUUCUUUGGUUUCCCUUUUCAUGUGAAGAUCGAUGGAUGGUUAUCCAUGCUUCUCUUCCGCACCCAUGAAGUGGUUCAAGAUGAAAGUUCUUGGGAGAGGAUCGUAUGGUACAGUACACUUAGCAAUGGCAACAACAAACACUACUGGUUCUUCUUCAUCUGGGUUUAUCGCUGUGAAGUCUGCGGUUAUUGAGAAAUCAUUUUCGCUCAUGAAGGAGGCGGAGAUCCUCCAAGAAUUUGUUAAUUGUCCUGAAGUUGUUCGUGGGUUGGGGUUUGAUAUCAGCUAUGAAGGUGGCUUGUGGUUCUACAAUUUACUUCUGGAGUACGCAUCGGGAGGCACCCUCCAUGAUUUAAUACAAACAAGUGGAGGAAAGUUGGAUGAAAUUGACGUCAAAAAAUACACUAGAAUGAUUCUCAGGGGCCUCCGUUGCAUCCAUGAAAAGGGUUACGUUCAUUGCGAUCUUAAGCCAGAGAACAUUCUUGUUUUCUCUUCUCCACACGGUGCAAGAAGCAAAAGUGUGAAGAUCACCGACUUUGGGUUAUCCAAGAUUCCUGGAGAUUUGAAUGAGCUCAUGACAAAAAGGUAUGAUUUCCGAGGAACACCACUUUAUAUGUCUCCAGAAUCUUUUCUAGUCGGUGAAAUCAAAGGUUGUUUGGAUAUAUGGUCUCUGGGUUGCGUGGUGGUUGAGAUGAUUAGCGGAAAGCCGGUAUGGGACUCAACAGGCAGCUUAGAUGGUUUGGUGAUUCAAAUUGCUACGGAGUCGCCCAACAUACCUGAAACCAUGUCCGAGAUUGGCAAGGAUUUCUUGCGGAGGUGUUUUGCAUGGGACCCAACAGAGAGAUGGACGGCUGAGAUGCUACUGCAUCAUCCUUUUCUCCUUGAGACUCAAGCUCCGCCACCAUCUACAAAAACUGCUCUAGAUUUUUCUGUAUCAAAGAAGCUGCCUCCUCCUCCUGGGUUUGGACCAAUUGCAAAGAGACCGUCAUUGCCCAAAACUCUGCCUCCUCCUCCUGGGUUUGAAUCGAUUUCGAGGAGACCAGCGCUUGGAAAAAAUCUACCUCCUCCUCCAGGGUUUUCUUCCAGAAGAAUCCUUGCAUGA